AUGAGGAAGACAGAACAAGCUAGAGGCAGGGGAAGGGGAACAAGUAUGCCAAGUGUACAUGUAAGACAACUAGAUCAAGCUGAGACUUCAAUCCAAGCUAGACCUUUUAGAAGAACAAAGCUUGGGGCGAGAGAGAGAGGAGGGGGGGGGGGGGGGGGGCGGGGGGCAAUGUUUGAACUAACAAGGCAGCUUGCUCAAACUGGUGCUACCUUACAGGGAAAUCAAAUUGGGCAUGCUUCUAAACCAAACUCAGAAAAUGUACCUCUACCAAAAAUAUCAAGACCAGGGAGAGUGUAG